AUGGACCCCUCACGCAACAUGAAGACCCUCCUUCAGGACGCCUUGGAUGAGCUGGUUUCGACCAAGUCGCCAAACGCCCGAGUAGACCAGGCGCUGGCGACGUUGGAGCGUCUGCUCGCCGAAAUCUGUGUCUCACCUACUCCGAAUGCUCUGGAACGGUUGUAUCUAUUCAUCGAACUGCAGGACAGGUUCGAUUGUAACGUGCCCUCUCGGAUUCUCUCGUGGAUGGGUGGGUCAGCGGCACGGUUGGAGGCAAUCUUGAGCAAGACCAUAUCAGAUCAAGAGCGGGAGACACAGUCUGCGCCAUUCACCCGUCAGCUCAUACAAGCAUUGUCGAUACUGCAGGGUGUUGCGCUCAUCCACGAGGAGAGUAAACGCUACCUGGGUCGUCGUUACCCUCUAGAGGUGCUCUUGGACCUCUUGCUCACCUCGAGACACGUGUCGUUUGUUCCCCCAUCAACUAGCCACUCCACUCCAUCAUCUCCGAGAUCCAAUGUAUCUUCUCGGAAUGAAAGCCCAAAUCCACCCUCCGUUCCUCUUACUUCUGCUGUGUUGGAUACGUUGCUCUGUGUUCUCGUUGACUCAUCUCCGGCGCUUCGCUUGUUCGAGGAUUUGAAAGGUGUCCAGUAUGUGGUCAAAAUCCUCAAGCGGGCAGGGACGCCUCGCGAAGUUAGGAUGAAAUGUCUCGAAUUUCUAUAUUUCUAUCUUUUGGACGAAAUCCCCGUUUCACCGUUGAAUGUCUCGUCGGAUCCUCGCUCUCCGGUGGGCAUCGCAGGAACUCCGACACCGUCCUCUAGGGCACCAAAUCGUGCCAUACUGUCUACGUCUCAUUCGACCACCUCAUCAGUCUCAUCGACAUACUCCUCGUCGUCCUCGUCGUCUGGGUCAUCCGUAUCCACCUCGGCUACGUCGGUCUCUUCUCUUCCAUCUACUCCUGCAACGUCUCGUGAAUCUUCUACUACUCCGACAACCCCGCCGUUGCCGAAACCUGCCUUCUCCCGCUCACCUCGACUUGUCACCCCGCCAUCGUCGCGCGCACUGCCUCGCUCACUCCUCAUGCUCCGCCGUGAAGUCGAUUACGUCCCACAAAGUCCCAAGAAGGCACCAAUCUCGAGCCAUGGGCUCGGUGGGCAGGGGACGGGAGAGGCGGUCAAGUCGCGGCUGAAACAGCGCGGGACUGUCGACGUGCUGUCUUCCGAGGAAACGGAGAGCGAGGAGGUGCACACGCCGCAGACGAAUCGCCCAUCGCAUUCGCGCGGGUUCUCUAUUUCUUCGCACGGAUCGCACGGAGACCCAUCCGCCAUCAUAUAUACCCCUUCUGGAGCGGACAGGAACGUACUUGGGCCCAGCCGGCACCGCCGCGCACAGAGUUGCGCUGACGUCGGCUCGCUGGACCCCCCAUUUCAGCUGGGGUGGUCGAGCUCUUCGAGCUCCUCUAGUGGUAGCGCACGCAGUGCUAUCCCGAGUAAGAGUGGUGCGCGGACGAUGGAAGAGAAGAAGGAGAUCCUGGGCAGCAUGCUGGGGAACGUGGACGCGCUGGUCGAGGGGGUGCGCAAGGCGGGUAUCUGGGGCCUUGGUUAG